GAAGAAAGGUAGCACGUUGUCAGCCGUACCUUCGGUCCCUCGUGAAGGCUGCUUUGAGCAUUCCUCCAGUUUGAUUUGCAUUGCAUUCACAGAGUCACCGGGGAACUAAAGGGCCAAAUGAGGAGCGUGACUCUGAGGCAGACAGAUAGCGAGGCCGGCGUCUGGUGGCAGUGGUGGGCUCGAGGAGGGCUGCGGUGGGGUUGCAUCACUGAUGACUAAACAGUCAUUCAGCUCAGGCCUGUGAUAACGUGCCAGAGCCCAGGAUUUCAACAGCAGCCUGAAACCCUGGAGCCACAGAGCGGGGCAGGCCCAGUCUCGCUCAGGCUCAGGCUCAAACUUAAACUCAAGGAAAGGGAGAGGCCGGCAUCCAGUUCCUGCCACAACCCCCUCCACCUCGAAGGCUUCCUCGUAAAUCAUGCAGCCCUCAUCGCCUGCUCCGCACCAGGUGCCAGGGUCGGCCUCCGUCCUGAAGCUUAACAUUGAAAGUGAAGUUAAGGCACAGGGAGUCAGCACUCGGUGUUCCCGCAACAAACACACUUAAUGUGGCGCACAAAGGCGAUGAAUCCACAACCAGAGUCUCAGACUGGAAAUUAACAAAUGCUUGCGUCUUAUAUUUCAGACUCUUCCUGCAAGAAUAUUCCAUGUGUUCUAUCCUUCAUUCCACCGGAGUCUGUAUCUGUAUUUAACCAGAUUUCAGUGGUGUGAAGUGUAAGAGACAUGGGGAUACGGCUCCACAAGCUAACAGUCGCAACACCGCGAGGUAACAGUCAAAGACGCAACUCAAUUUGUUCCAUUUCUUCACAGGAACAUGCUGUUUAUGUGUUAUAUGCUGCUGCAGUAUAUUGCAUGUAUCCCUGCUGUGAUACACAGUACAAAAUAUGUUAUGCAUGUAUUUUCAUCAACAACAUACUGUACUGAGCAACUCCGUGACAUGAAUAAAUUUCCCGACCUUGUGCCCACUGUUUCUUUUUUUCCACAAGUGCAACAUCUCAAAUCAUUACAGAGCCAUUAUACCACCCACACCCAACUUUCUGUGGUUCUCAGCCCCAGAGCUCUUUUUUUUUUCAUUAGCCAACAUGGAGAAUUUGAGACUCAGCCCACACAAACAACCUUCACUGUUUGGCAAAUGAAGCUUAUUAACAUUUUAAAACAUGCCCUCACUGUAGCCCACACAAUAAUGUCAUUAAACAUGUUUCUCCCUGCUAGAGAAGAUGCAUCUCAGCUACUCCCAGCACAUUUCUCUGCAGCAGUGCACAUCAAAGGCAAAGACAAACAUAAUGCGUCUGUGCUGUUUUACUUUUCCGUACAUCAAUAUUACAAUAUCAUUUUAAACUGCACAACACGCGCAUUACCCUCUUUGUAAAGCCAGUGGUACAGAUCCCGUUUGUAGUUUUUGUAAAGCUAACUGCAGGGUUUUUCAACCAGACCUGGUCUGGGUAAAGCUUUAAAGUUCAAUAGAAUUUUAAAUGGAGCAGAGAGUUGCAUCCAGAGGUUUGUGAGCAAGCCCCCUCACUCCCGAGGUCUGGUUUGUUUUUCGCUCUGGACAAUCAAUCUCCUCAGACUUUAUGAAAUAUGAAAUAAUAAUAACACCACAGAACAAAGGAACAUAUUUCUGGCCCAUGGUUAUGCAUGUGGGUGCAUGUAAAUCAAUGCAGCCUCCGAGUCUCCGAGCCCCCCACCCAGUGGCCGCUAAAUGUGUUUUAGUCACACUGUCCAGCAUUUAAGUGCACGCCUACAAGUAAAGCCAGUCUGUCAAUGCAGCAACAACACAACGCAGCAGAGGGUCAAGAGUAGAGACAAUGUCUGAGACACACACACACACACACACAAUAUUGCAUAGACUUAAUAAGCAGUUUAAAAUAUUUCUGGACAUGUAAUGGGAUUCUUUUAUCAAGUUUGGACAUUUUACAGACUAAAUCAUUACUUUAUUAAUAAAAAAAAUUGGUUGAUUAAUUAGAAACAAAGUACAGCCCUGUUUCCAAAAAAGUUGAAACCUCAUAUUUAAUUGACAACAGCACAAAGACGACAUAUCAAAUGCUGAAAAUGAGAAAUUUCAUUGUUUUUGAAAAUUAUAUCCUCAUUUAGAAUUUGACGUCAGCAGCACCUUUUUUAAGUAGUGACAGGGUCAUGUUUGGCUCUCUGCUGCAUCACCUCUUCUUUCAACAACACUCUGUAAGAGCUGUGAGGAACUGAGGAGACCAACUGCUGUCAUUCUGAAAGAGGAAGGUUUUCUCAUUCUGGCCUCAUGCACGAUUUCAGCUGCUCAGCAGUUCAGGGUCUCUUUUGUCGUAUUUUACAUUUAAUAAUGCCCCAAAGAUUUUCAAUGAGUCCAUCUUAAAUGAGCUCAGAACCAGAGGAGUGCUGAUUAUAUACAGUUUCCUCUUUGCAUGGUUGAGUUUUAACUUGCAUGUGUGGCUGCAGCGAUGAACUGUGUUCACAGACAAUAGCUUUGGAAGAGUUCCUGAGCUCAUGCAGUGAGUCCACUACACAAUCAGGUCUGUUUUCACUGCAGUGCCGUCUGACGGCCUGAAGAUCACAGCCAUCCAGGAUUGGUUUUCAGCCUCGUCCCUCGUGUAGAGAUUUCUUCAGAUUCUCUAAAUCUUUUUAUGACAUCUUAUACUGCACACAAUGACAUCCCCAAAUAAUUUGCCCUUUACAUUUAGAAACAUUAUUCUUGAAUUGUUGCACUAUUAGGCAGCACAGUGUGUCACAGAGCAGUGAACCCCUCCCCAUCGUUACUUCAGACACACUCAGCCUCUCUGGAGGCUCUUUUUAUACCCCAUCACGUUGCUCACCUGUUGCCAGUUAACCUGAUUAACUGUGAGUUGUUCCACCGGCUGUUUUCUUUCAGCAUUUCACAACUUUUCCAGUCUGUUGUUGCCACUGUCUUAACUUUAUUGAAACAUGUUGCUUCAUCAAAGUCUAAAUGAGGAUAUAAUUUUCAAAAACAAUGACAUUUUUUUCAACAUUUGAUAUGUCGUCUUUUUGCUAUUUCCAAUUAAAUAUGAUGUUUCAAUGUUUUACAAAUCACAACUUUCUGUUUCUAUUCAUGUUUCACACAGUGCCCCAACUUUAUUGGAAACAGGGCUGUAAUUGUUGCAGACCUCUCCUAUCACUUAUGAAAAAUAUAACCAUUCAUUAACAUAUUCUCAAUGGGAUGAAAACAAACAAACAUUUUGUCUGGUGAUUGGCAACUAAAGAUGCUCCAGUUGGACUGUUUACAAUUGAAACACAUUCUAGAUCACUUGUCAGUUUUGAAAAUAAACUUGCUAACUUAUUGAUUGACAUAUGUUGUUAGCAGUGUGUAUUGAGUCUCUACAACUUCAGCUGAGCUGACAUGAAACUUUGGAAAUUCUGUCCCCUCUUGGCUUUUCUGCUUCUGGGUUCAACACUUGGAGAGGACACAGUGGCAGAAGACAUCAGUGUCCAUCAGCUGCAGCGAUUCGUGGAGUUGCUGACGCAGAAGGAGUGCGAGGACCUUCUGCUCGCCCUCUCUCACCCAGAGGAGAACAUCUUCCAGCACCUUGAGAGUCUCUCUCCGGAGAAAAAUCAGCUAGAUCUCAAGCCUCGAGGCAAGAGAGACACCUCUUCUGCUGCAGAUAGUGAAGCUCAGUGCCGGACGGCCCUGACAGACUGGCUGCUGAAGUACGGCGAGCAGACCUACUACGACAGGCUUUCUCGCGCCUUGCAGCACAUCGGCAGAACUGACAUCGCCAUCGAAGUGGGAAAGAACAUCAACCAGGACAAACUUUUGCGCCUGGAACGCUACGUGGAGGACUAUCACAAAUAUGUCAGCUCUCUCAACGUCCCACCGGUGCAGACGGACACGGACGACCGCCGGCGUGAGGGCCAGAAGGUCAGAAAAGUGAGGGAUCUGACUUGGCGCGACCUGGAUCUGAUUGUGGAGCGGGCUCCUGUCCCCAAGUACCAGAAGGGGCCUUUGGACGUAGCCCUGCCGCUCCUGUACGGCGUCCUGCUGGGCUUCGGAGGCACCUUGCUCGCAGUUGUCUCCAUACUCCUCUCCAUCAUCCUCAUCGCGCAGAGUCCAGCACGGCAGUCCAGCAGCCCCGCCAGCGGGCUCGCGGCUGGGACGCAAUGGCGGAAGAUGCAGCUUCUAGGAGGCGGCACAACAGGCAGCUUAGGGGUUUAAAUCGUUAAAUAAAAGAUCUGCAUCGUGGCCAACAUUUAAUACAAGCGCAGCUGGCAUAGA